CAAGGGCCAACUCUUUUGUUAAACGGAGAACAACAAAAGACCACUGGAGGCGACAAAGUAAACAUUUUGGGCUCUUGAUUGAGUCAAAACAUGGCAGCUUUAUAUCCAUUUUGACUCAAGCAAGAUGUCUAAUUAACAGCGAGAGGCUGAUGCAGGUGGGGAGGAUGAAAAAUGGGGUUUCUUUCAGGUUUCUCUCUCUAGUAGUGAUAAUAACGGCAGGUUUAGUCAUCACGGCUCUACGUAUAUCCAGAGAGAGGAUAGCUCCGAAGCUAGAAGAUGACCGGAAAUUCAAGAAAAGCCCACUUUCAAGCUGCAAUUUUUAUUCAGGAAAGUGGGUGUUUGACCAGAAUUUCUCCCCUUUAUACUCCAGCAGAAACUGCUCCUUCAUGGAUGAUGGGAUGGCUUGUGGCAAGUAUGGGAGAAGUAAUCUCGAUUAUAUGUUCUGGAAAUGGCAGCCCCAUGACUGUGAGCUUCCAAGGUUUGAUGCCAUCUCUCUGUUGGAGAAGCUGAGGAACAAAAGGGUUGUGUUUGUUGGGGAUUCUCUUAAUAGGAACCAAUGGGUUUCUUUGGUCUGCCUGAUUGAGUCAUCAAUCCCUGAUGAGAGUCUCAAAUAUGUGAAGUUCAAUGGCUCCUUGGUCACUUUUGAAGCCAUUGAGUAUAACGCUAAGAUCGAAUUCUAUUGGGCUCCGUUGCUGGUUGAAUCGAACUGUGAUGAUCCAUCGUACCAUCGCGUGGAGGACCGCAUCGUGAGAGUAGACUCCAUAGAGAAGCAUGCAAGGCAUUGGAAAGAUGCAGACGUGCUCGUGUUUAAUUCUUACAUAUGGUGGCGAUGGCUGAAAAUGAAGGUUCUGCGGGGAUCAUUUGAAAGCGCAAAUGCAACUUACGAAGAAUUGGGAAUGCUGCAUACCUUCGAAUUGACUCUAAAGACGUGGUCAGAUUGGCUCGAUACUCAUGUCAAUCGCACCAAGACCAGAGCUUUCUUCGUCAGCAUGUCGCCUACUCAUAGCAGGGCCGAAGAGUGGGGAGGGAGGAAUGGUGAGAACUGCUAUAACGAAACUGAGCCGAUUUCGAAUCCUGCAUAUUGGGGGAUGGACUCAGAUCCCGAUAUGAUGAGAUUGGUUGAAGCCGCGGUCCAUAAACUGAGCAGGCGAGGCGUAAACAUAGAAAUGCUGAACAUAACACAACUUUCCGAGUAUCGGAAGGAUGGCCAUUCAUCAAUCUACAGAAAGCACUGGGAUCCUCUCACCAAAGAAGAAUUAGUGAACCCAGGUAGCUAUGCUGAUUGCCUACACUGGUGCCUUCCUGGAGUCCCUGAUGUUUGGAAUCAGCUUUUGUAUGUAUACCUUCUUUAUUUGUGACUUGUCACGUACGUACAGCAUAUACAAAACAAUUAUACUUCACAAAUUUUCUAUUUUGGACCGUUCUGUUGAGAACAAAUAGUUGAUUCAAUCAUACAAUUAUAUGUAUCGCCACAUUUGGUUUCUGAA